AUGAGGCACCUCGUCGCGAUCCAGGAACUGGACGGCAGCAACCAGGCUCGGUUGCUCAAGGCUUUUGAUGUAAUCUACGAGGGCUUCUGGAAGAGACACGAGGAAACCUACAGCCCGAACGUUUUUAUGCCGAUUUUGCGUCACGUGUUGGGGACAAGUGAUGCCGCAACCGUGGCUGAGAUGGCUGGGAAGGAAGCCAAAUCAGCUCUGCUCCGGAACACAGAGAACGCAUUCCAGGACGGCGCCUUUGGCAUUCCUUGGAUGGUCUGCACAAACAGCCAAGGCCAAAAGCAAUCCUUCUGGGGAGUUGACCAUUUAUGCCAGGUCGCAAACUUUCUCGGACUACCGCAGCCAGCUACGCCAGGCUGGAAGGCUGCGUUGUAA